AUGGGAGCUCCGUUUGCCAACCCGUUUGCGAGCAUCAAGGGAAACGGAGCCGGAAACGCAAUUACAAACGUCAAUGCGAAUGGAAAUGGAAAUACGAAUACAACCGGGCAAGGGAAUGGUCAGGGUCGAGGCUCGGCACGUGGGCGUGGUCGUGGAAGAGGAAGAGGCGGGAUAACGACGACGACAUCGCCAUUCGCGCAGAUCAAAUCGAACCAGAAACCGUUUGCCUCGCUGUUCGGCGCGCAGGAGAAGACAGCGACCUUUGGGACUGUCGGUGCGAAAGGUGCGGGCACCUUUGGCUCGCCGUCGAAUCUGGAUGGCACGGUGGUCGACCAUACUAGGGAUCCGAGGUUACGGGCGAGUGAAGGAGUUGGCGAUGACCUGGCCAUGGGGGGGAGUUACCAGGACCGAUAUGAGCAGCUCAAGCUGCAUAGGGCAAGGCAGAGGGAACAGGCCAUUCGCGCCGGCCAGAUGGCCGAUCCCAACCAGCCAACCUCCCUCAAUCAAGCCAUCACCCCCGUCGGGACGUGUACGAGCAUGUGUCCGGAGUUUGAACGUGUGGAGCGCAUCGUUCAGAAGAUGGUCGACAAGAGUGAAAAGAACAACGAGAUGAAAAUGUUGAAACGCUUCCGACGAUCCGCCGCCGGCUACGACGAGCAACUCCCAUCCGACAUCCGCACCCCCAAGACGCUGCUGCAGACCACCAACUACCUGAUCCGACAUGUUCUCGGCGGGAACGAGCCUCUGGGCCUCAUCCACAAGUUCGUCUGGGACCGCACGCGAUCGAUCCGCAACGACUUCUCCGUGCAGCAACUCACCCACGGGGAGCACGUCAAGAUGGCUGUGACCUGCUUGGAGCGCAUUGCGCGCUUCCACAUCGUCUCGCUGCACCUGCUCUCCAGCCCGGCCAACGAGGAGCCCUUCGACCGCCACCAGGAGCGCGAGCAGCUCAACAACACCAUGCUGUCACUCAUGUACUACUACGAUGACCACCGCGGCCGCAUCCGUUUCCCCAACGAGGAUGAAUUCCGCGCCUACUACAUCAUCUUCUCCAUCCACGACCAGCGCCCGGACCUCGAGGCCCGCGUCCAAAAGUGGCCCCCUGAGCUGCGCCAGUCCCCGCGCGUCCAGGUCGCCCUGGAACUAUUCGCCGCCGCGGGCAACACCUGGGAGUACCAGGGCACCCUCGACGCCAAACGGCCCAACGCCAUCGCCCAGGGCUUCUACGCCCGCUUCUUCAGCCUCAUCGACUCCCCCUGCGUCUCGUACCUGAUGGCCUGCGUCGCGGAGAUCUAUUUCAACCACAUGCGCCAGACCGCCAUCCGCGCCAUCUGGAAGGCCUACUGCCGCGCCCCGCAGUCGCAGCAGCACAAGAAUGAAGAAUGGACCCUCGACGAACUCACCGCCGCCCUCUACCUCGAUGACGGCGAGCAGACCAUCCAGUUCUGUGAAGACCAGGAUCUCCAACUCGCGGAAAAUGCCGACGGGGAUCUAUAUCUAAGUUGGGGGAAUCGUCCGGUUGAUUCUGUGGCCUUCCAACCCUCUUCGGAACAUGCUUUCUCCGAAACCUAUGUCGAAUCCAAACGGGCUGGCCGUACCCUCGUCGCCAUCAUCCUGGGACUGACAGUCAAAGAGGCCGCAGCCUUGGGCAUGAUCGACCGCAGUGUCCUCUCCGAGAAAGCCGUGCCGGCCGUAGAUGAUGACGAUUCACUCUUCGUGAGUGAAGAUGAAACCCAGAUGGUACUCCCCGGCAGCCAUGAGUCGCCUCCUGCAUCUGCGUCGAGCUUAGGUACCACGUUCGAGGGAUUUGGACAGCCCGUGGCACCGUCCUUGGCACCGCCCGUUGCCCCAGACCAGCCCGCCAACAAAACCUUUUCGUCUCUUUUCGCAACCGUCAACAAGCCGCCUAGCCCUAUCCCUACCUCUACCCUUUCCCCUGCAUCAUCGCAACCCUCCCUUUUCACUCUGGGACCAGCACAGACAACGCCCAAGGAGCCUGAAGAGAUCCCUUCAGCACCGGCUCCUACUCCUUCGCCGUUCAGUUUUUCAGGUUUACCACCUACAUUGACAGGGUCGAAUGAGCCUCCUGCAGCAGCAGCAGCAGCAGCAGCAGCAGCAGCAGCAGUAGCAGCAGUAGCAGCACCUGCUCCCACGACCUCACCAUUUAGCUUCCCCUCAAAACCGUCUAUCCCCCCUGCCUCGAAACCUCAACCGCAGCCUUCGCCGCUCUUCAGUUUUGCAAGGCCGACUCCUGCAGAGCCGGAAAUAUCGCAAACGCCUGCCGUUCCGAAGCCUUCGGAGGUUUCAAAGUCUCUUUUCAGUUUCUCAAGUCAGAAUGUCGAGCCGAAGCCGUCGGAGGCUUCAAAGUCACUUUUUAGUUUCCCCAGUCAGAAUAUCGAGCCGAAGCCGUCGGAGGCUUCAAAGUCACUUUUUAGUUUCCCAAGUCAGACUGUCGAGCCGAAAGAAUCAGAGUCGAAACCGCUCUUCAGUUUCCCAAGUCAAAAGCCUGUCGAGCCUGAAACAUUGGCAGAGCCUUCAGCACCACCACAUGAUACCCCCCUCUCAACGAGCCCCUUUUCCGCAAUCAACCAGUCGUUUUCACCGAAGCCAACCACCGAGACCAUACAGUCGGCUUCUCCUUCGCCUCCUGCAGCUAUUACACCGAGUGUCUUUCCGGCUCCAACCUCUGUCAAUGAACCGACACUUGAACCACCAGUGGCCCAGCCAAAUGUGCAGGUGAACGGGGAUGCUGAGCAUUCUGAGAGUGUCUCCGUAGAACUAGUGCCGGAAGUCAAGGCACCUGCUGAACCACGGCACCCCCCGAUCCCAUGGCUGGACGCUCUCAAACAAGCCGCUGUCAAACGGCGCCACCAGACCGUCACUACCACUACUACCACCACCCGGAAGCGAACGCUGGAAGAUGAAGAGCGACCGGAAAGCAUCCCCGAAGCGACCGAGUCCAAGGUGCUCAAGGUUUCGGAUCUGGCGGAGAUGCCGCCCUCGCGCAAAUACGCCAUGGCUCUCUCGUCGGUCAAGCCGCUGCCUCGCCUGCCGAUCCUCGAGCAGAUCGAAGCCCUGCGAGAAUCAGCGACGAAGAGCAACGAGCAUACCGCGCCGAAAAAACCCUCGCACAUCGACGAGGAUGAACUGCUCCUUUCCGCCGCCCGGAUUGCGGCCGAGUCCCUCCGCAGCGGACCAAAACUGCUCGACCAAUCCAGCUAUACCUCCUUCUCCUCCUCCUCUUCUUCCUCCGCCUUCCACCUCCCGGACCACCGCCACUCGCUCUAUGCCUCGUCGUCCUUUAGCCCGCGCCAAAGCAUCUCGUCUCCGCUCAGCCUGCCCCCUUCGGGCAGCCAGUCGCCGUUACAUCCGUCGACGGUCAACGGGUACGAGCUCGCCCUGGCACCAGAGACUCCGCUGGGUCUAGGCCGUACAAUGUCCCGCACAGAGCAGCGGCUCCGCAUGACGGGGGGGAAGGGGUUGGCCUAUAAGCCGUUGGAUUUGAAACGGAGGUAG